GGAGUGUGAACAGUAGUCUGAAACUUUCAGUUAAACUAUUAAACACAUCAUAUUGUUUUAAUAUUUAAGGCUCAGAAGGUAAACCAGCAAGAGGACAGCAGGUUUUUUAAUCAAUUUUUAAACCAAAAAGCACAGCAUCCUGCCAACAGAUCAUUUUACUGCAUUGAUUUCAUAAAGGAGUUUCAUUUCAGAAGAACAACCCAAAAGGAGAGCCUUCAUGGAUGGUGGUGCGUCGGAGCCUGCAGCAUGGUGCGACCUUUACGCACCAUGACGCAGGAGCAGAGCUGCACCUGAAGGCAACGCACCUGAACCAGACCCUGAAGGAUCCACCAUGUCCUCCUCCCUGCUGACGAGGAAGCUGACUCCGUGCCAGGCCCUGACCUUCAUCCUGCUGCUGGUCGCUCCCGUCUGCCCGUCGUCCCCGCAGAGCUCGUGGGUUUCUGGGUGGCAUCCCUCCGGCGAGGCCUCAUCAGGGCGUCCGGUGCGCGCCCGCCGGCAGCUGCACUUCAGGAACGAGUGGGCGGCGUGGAGCGGCUGGUCCGUCUGCUCACGUAGCUGUGGGAGCGGGGCCUCGGUGAGGUCACGCACCUGCAUCACCAGGAACCCCGUGGGAGGACCGUGUACCGGAGAUCCCAGACAAUACAAGAUCUGCAACACCAAGGAGUGCCCCCCGAGCUCGGAGGAUUUCAGAGAGAUGCAGUGUGCUGCCUUCAAUGACAGACCGUUGGUGGCUGGAAACUCCUUCAGGUGGACCACCUUUCACGGAGGCUCUGACCCCUGUGAGCUGAGCUGCCUGGCCCUGGGUCACAACUUCUACUACAACUUUGGCCGAGUGCUCGAUGGCACGGCGUGCAACAAGGAGCCCGGAGCGCUGUGUGUCAACGGACGCUGCCUGAAGCCCGGCUGUGACUCCAUCUUGGGCUCAAAGCAGCAGGAGGACGCCUGCAUGGUGUGUGGAGGACAAAACACCACCUGCCUGCACCACAAAGAUGUGUACCAGAGCAACGGUCUGGAGGCAGGCGGACCAUUCGGAUACAGCGAAGUGGUCAUGAUACCAGCUGGAGCCACUCACAUCCGAGUCACCGAUAACAGCAGGAACUACCUGGCCCUCCAGAACGGUCGCUCCCAGUUUGUGAUCAACGGUAACUGGAAGAUCAGCAUUCCAGGCGAGUACAAUGUGGCCGGGACGAAGCUGCUGUACCGGCGCUCCGCAGACACCUGGGAGAGCUUCGAGGUACCAGGCCCGACCCAGGAAGACCUCCAUCUAAUGGUGCUGGCGACAGACAGAAACCCAGACAUCGAGUACGAGUACUGGCUGCCACCAGGCCAGUACGACCUCCACCAUGGGAGGAAGAGUCCACUGCGGCAAGCUCACCACACUGCAAACUACCUCCCCUGGGAUCAACCCAUCACUACUACCACUACUACCACCACCACCACCACCAGGGCUCCCCCUGUCACCACCCGACCACACUGGUUUUUAAGGCCUGUGAAGCCGCCCCGCCAAUCUCCCAACAGCCGCCAGCGCCCCCACCAGCCCAUCCUGCCUCGUCUGGAGCGGGAGGAGAACCACAGAAACCUGCUGCCUCAGCCUCCACCUGGAAGGCAUUGUGGGAAAUGUCGGCGGGUUAAAGGUCGAAGGGAACGCCAGAAACAGUACUGCCAGAAGGACUUUGUUUUCCGGGCCAGAGUCCUUGGAAAGCUGUACAGAGGCGAGGAGACGCGCUACGACGUCCAGAUCAUCCACACCUACCGGAACGGCUUCCGCCUGGAGCACCGGGAGUUCCUGUGGGCCCCGAACGUGUGCGACUGCCCCAGCCUGGAUGAGGGGAUGCAGUACAUACUGAUGGUCCGUCGCCACAUCAACUACGAGCGCACUCUGAACCGCAUCCUGCUGGAGGAGGAGAGCUACGUGGUGCCGUACAGACCCAGAGAGGACGAACUGCUGAGGCCGCUGGAAAGACUCUGCAGCAACAGAGGACCAAAGCAGCCUGCAGAACGGACGGGAUGAGUGUGUGAAGCUUUGUUCACUGCCAACGUUUCAUUUCUGGACCUUCAAAACAUCAUCAGACUCUGUGAUGGUCUGAUGGAUUCCAGAAUGGCGUCACUGGAGAAAAUUACUGUUUCAGCCACAUUAAGAAACCAAAAAGACUCCACCUUUUAUUUAAAAGCCCGACCAGCCUACUGUACCUUUUAGAGCACUUUAGGUGGAUGCUUGUGCCCACCUUUAAACACAUACCAAAGAGAAGAACAUUGACUGAAAUGGCCUUUUUGUUAUUGCUGUUUUUCCACAGCUUUCAUUCAAUUUUUUUAUUUUUAUUAUUGUAUUUUUGUGUGUAAUUUAAAGGAAAAAUCCACCUCAAAACACGCAGAUGAAGAGCGACUUCAAACCUAUCAAACACCAUUUUGACUGCUUAUUUUUUGGGUUACUAGACUCACCAACAUAUUAAAGCACAAGGUCUUCUUUCUAGAGCUUCCAUGGUAAAGCUGAUGCCCAUAACUUAAACCUAAAGUUGAGCAACAUUCAACGUGUUUCCAUUCUAAUGGCGAGCGUGUUAUACUUUUGAAAUCUCGCAAUAAAGAAAUGCGAAUUAGGUGCUUUUCCAACAACUGGUUUGAAGUGACUAAACUCGGCUACAGCGUAGCUUGGAUAGAAAUUGUCGACUGUUUCCAGUGGAUUAUUACACACAUUUUGAUGUAUUGCUUUAAAAAAAGCUGUAAAAAAUGAGGCAAAAUUCAAUUAAACUAGCAAAACAAUUAUUUGGCAAUGUUUGAGUUGACUUUGUUUAAAUUAGUUGAUGUACUGAACAGGUUUUGGAAACACCCUUACCAAAUAAAUUCUGACGCAUUUGUUUGUUUCCAGUUUGCAAACUUUUCCUCUUCUACUCUGCCUACUGGAAGAUUACAGCCAUGUUUGGUCUGUAGCGCAAACUUCUGACCAAACUAUUCUUUAGCCCAAUUCUUUUGAUCCAAACCAGUUGAAAGAAAUGCGUCGAAUUCAUAUACAUUUUUGUAUGCAUGGCCAUUAAAUUAAAACACAGCUGUUGGAAACUGAGCGACAUUUCAGCUAGAAACCAAACUCCAGAACCAGCUGCUCUUCCAAUUGCAGAAUUGUAUAUUAUAUAGAUUAAAAUAGAUUCUUACUUCUUUUCUAACAAUUUUAAAUCAAAUUCUGAACAAGUCUAACUGUGCUACCACCUAUCAUUAUUUUUCUAAACGGCACAUGUACCUGCAGCUAAAUGCAAAGUUAAUUGUUCAUGCUGCAACAUUCAUCAGGAUUUAGAGGUGGAUUUCUCUUUUAGUUGUAACUCAAGAUAGUAAAAACACAUCGCUUCACAAUAUAUUUAUGUAUAAAAAAACAAAUAAGCUUAAACCACAAUUUAAUAACUUGUGUGUCACUUGUUUAACGUCUUUCAUGGUGUCUGUUUUGUGGUAUUCAUUUUUUAUAGUGUGUUAAAUCAGGUCUGCUUUGUGAUACUUUAUGUGAAAGAGAUUACGAAAUAUACAGUAUUUUAUUGUGUGGCACUGAUUAGCUACAAGUAUUCUAAAGUAUAAAUUGAGAAAACUUGCAGUCUGUUGAAUAUUCAGUUAACUUCUGUGCCUUGUGUUAUGCGUUUGAUAUAUAACAAACCUCAUGUACGUGUGCCAAAAUAUUGUCUUUGUACAGUUUGUCCAUAGAGUGAAUGAAAAUAAUGACCCACUCUUCUAUUUAAACUUAUUAUAAAUGUUCACAAAAACCAACAAAGCAGACAGGAGAACAGCAGCGUUUGUAAGAAAACAAUGUAUUUACAAAAAAUGGCUUCACAUCUACAAUAAAGGAAACACUACAUUAAAACUACAGAUAAUACAGCUGUUUGUAUUUAUUUUAUAUCUGUGCCAGAUUGCUGCUCAUAUUAUUAUAUCAUUAUAAGGAAGUCAUCGCAGACACUCGGCUCAGCGUCCCUUCAGUGGAGAAACCAGUCCAAGGUUUCCACAACAUCAACAUGAACGUGUGGGGAGUUAAGGGGGCCAUUUAAGAUUCACAACACGGUUCACCUCAGCAGACCUGGUCUCACAGGAAUACGUGAACUGAAAAUGACCUCUUAAUGUAAUGUGUUAAAAUGACUGUCUGAAGCACAGAAACAAUUUCACGUUUAGACAAAAAAAACUGCUUGGUUUUAGGAGAAGCGUCAUGAUUGGGCAUAAAAUGAACUCUGUAAACUGAGUAAAAUAUGUACACACGUCACAAACGUAACGUCUCAUCUCAUUACGUGAGUUAUUGUACUAAUUGGAUAAGGUUACAUUGUUAUGGGGGGGCACACAAAUUAAACGCAUUCAUCAGAAAGACACAAAAAACACAGGACUUUCAACCAGGAGACCUGUGUUUGUGUCCGAAAGUGUUACGAUUGUGACGUGUUUACGUAAUUUACCUAGUUCCCGCAGUUACUUUUCUGCUGCGUCUCAUUUACUUCGAAGUUAGGAGCUGUGAAUGGCUUCACUACUGAGUUGAAUGCGUUCUAGUACAACAUCUCAGAAAACGUAAUGGGGUUUGGUUCCAGCGAAGUUAGCCAUUGUUAGCCAUUGUUAGCAAUACCAGUUGAUAAUAACACAUUGUUGAGAGUUCUGUAUGUAUGACUCGUUUAAUUUGACAGAAGUGCUAAUAAAGAGCAUAUUACUGCAGCUUCUUAUAGUUGGUGCACAGAGCAGCCAUCUUGGAUUUUGAGGCCAGGAUUCAUCCUACUUUCCGCAGUCUGAAAUACGAUUUCAGGCGACAUUCCAGUUGGAAAUUCCGACUUCCCAGUUCAAAUGGAAUACAGCAUAAGACAUUUUUACCAAACCUAACUCUUGGUUUUCUUGCCUAAACCUAACGUUAAAUUGUUCCCUUGCCGGCGGUACCUGCCUUGUUAGGAGGUUGUGGUCAUUUCACGUAUUUCUGUGAGAUCCCGUUGCCUCAGCAGACGUGACUACUUCAUCUGAAGGCAUGAGA